UUUCUUGAUCCACCAAUGGCAGGUCCGAACGUUUAUUUGGGGUGUGACACGUGUUCGUUUUCGCGCGAAACCAGUCUGUCUGUGUGCUUAGUCUGCAGGGGAUUCCAUUGUGUUGUGGUUACAGAGAAGAUCCGAGCAUCUUUACAAAUGGAUAAAGAGUUAUUUCGUAAGCUUGCUUCGAAGAUUGGGAUAACAGCUGUUAAAGUAUUGAGUCAAGCCGAGGAAUACAUGCGAUUAUCCCAAGUGAAAUGUGUUGGACUGGGUUCUGUUACAGCCACCAGCAAGGCCAUUAUUUGCCUUGAGUUGGCAGCGAUUUCCAUGAAAUUUCCUCUAGACAAGGAGUAUGCCAUCAAACUGUCUGGACUAAGUCCUAAGGUUUACUCCAGUAAUCUGAAGGCUAUGGAGUGCAUGCUGGGCCUGCAGUCAAACCUGGGUCUCAGAGAUCUUGCAGUGCAGUUUGGGUGUUUGGAAGCGGUUAAAGUGGCCUCUCAGAUCCUUCAGAGGUAUGAGACCAGUUUGCCCGCUGCUCAGCAACAAGACCUUGACCUGUCAAAGCCUCUCUUUACCACAGCAGCUCUAUAUGCAGCAUGCAAGUGCAUAAAAAUCAGAACUGACAGGAAAUUAGCCUCUUCAUCUGGAGCAAAGAAGGGCAUCUUUGACCGGCUGUGCGCACAGUUUCAGAAAUUCGGACAGGAGAUCUGCAAUGAGGCUUCAUCUAUGGAGAAACCAGUCAAAACUGUUCAAAAGAGGCAGAAGACAAUCACUGGAAUGCUAGAAACAGAAGAAGAUGAUGAAAAGCUUUCAACAUCCCCUAAGCGAGAGCGGGUUGAGAAAACCGAGGAAGAAGAGACACAAAAUUAUGAAGAGUGGAAAAGAAAAAUUCUUGAAAAUGCAUUAAAACCAAAGGCAGUAGAUUCUUGAACUCUGUAAGGUUUUGUUUCAGAUUUAUUUAAUUAUGGUUCUGCAUAAUGCCAAAAGGACCUUACUUUGAUUUGAAUUUAAUACUCUAUUACCAAGAGAAGUUGUCUGCCCCCUUCUGGCUCCGUGUGUAAAUUUGUUCCAUUUACAUAUGGACAUUUCCAGAGGAAUUGAGGCACUUUUUAUUAUCCUUUGU